AUGUCUUACGAUCAGAGAACAAAGCGUAGAAAAACCGGCGAAGACGAAUAUGUCGACACCACCCAGCCGUCGGCCAAGUUCUACGCCUACCCUGGAGGCCGUACGUGGACCGUCUCGGUUGCGAUCCCUACCAGUAUAAUCGCAGAUGCCGUCAACGCUGAGCGCCGUACUGCCGUCGCCGGCCGCAUCGCCCGUGCCCUUGGAGUCUUCGGCAUCGACGAAGUUGUGAUCUUCGACGACAGCCCCGUCGAGACCCGCCCCAAGACCGUCGACAGGAAGGCUUACACCGGCGACAUUGAUCCCGGCCACUUCCUCGAGCACCUCCUCGGCUACCUCGAAGUCCCUCCCUUCAUGCGCAAGAUGCUCUUUCCCCUCCACCCGAACCUGCGCCUCGCCGGCCAGCUCCCCUCACUCGACAUGCCGCACCACCCGAACCCGGCCGAUUGGAUGCCCUACCGUGAGGGCGUCGCCAAGAAGGGAACCCCGAAGGGCACCGAGCUUGAUCUUGGUCUGAAGACGCCCGUCAUCAUCGAGGACGAGGUCCCGCCCAAUACCCGCGUCACGGUCCAAUUUUCGGAUUACGACACUGAGAAGGCCGAGGCGUGCGACCCGGCAGCGCCUAGGGAAGAGGGGGGAUACUACUGGGGAUACAGUGUCCGCAGGGCGGCCUCUCUGUCAGCUUUGUGGACAGAGUGCAAGUACGAGGAUGGUUACGAUAUCAGCAUUGGCACGUCCGAGCGUGGGCGUUCCGUCGGCCAAUCAUUCCCGUCCACGCCGUUGGACUUCAAGCACUUGUUGAUCGUCUUUGGCGGCCCCAGAGGAAUCGAGUAUGCGGCGGUGAACGACAAGGAACUCGACAUGGUUGAUGUUUCUGGGGGAAAGACAAAGGAGCUCUUCGACCACUGGAUCAACGUCCUCCCAGGACAGAACAGCAGGCAGAUCAGGACGGAUGAAGCGUUGUUUAUCGGACUUACGGAGCUGAGGAGACUCUGGUUUAACCAGUAG